AUGGUAUAUUUAUAUGAGGGUGAUCUUGGCUAUGCUAUAGGUGUAAAUAUAGCAAUCUGUUAUUUGUGCAACAAGCUCAUUUAUUCUAAAAUAGGAUGUGGAUAUGAGUGUGGAUUUUGUCAUUUUAUGAAUGAGCAUUGGAGUACAAAUUGCACAGAAAAUGCUUAUUGUGAUAUAAGUUAUAAAGACUAUAUAGAACUUAAAAGCAGAUUCGAAGCUAAUCUUAGUAACUCCUACUUUAAAAAAGAAGCAAUUUGUCGUUAUGAAUUGUGGAUGCAGAAUGCUGUUAGAAAAGUUAAACUGCAAGAGAGGUUAAGAGAAAAAUUCAAGCU